GAUGCUGCUUACUGCAGCCAAGCCUAACUCCAACCUUUACGUCCUCAACCAGUUCUUGUCCACGUCCUUAAAAAUAAAUGGAGGAAAUUCAGAUACAGAUCUGGACUUUGUAGCUAGUUGGACUUCUAAAUUCCAAGUAAAGCAAAGUGAAAAAAAGCAAUACUUGAAAGCGUGUGACAGGAAUGAAAAGGAGCACAUCUAUCUCAAUGUGAAACAUUGCACUUCUUCCAAGAAACUGACGAUGAGAAGACAAAGAACAGAGGAGAACAAGCACAUCAAGAACAAAGAUUCUCCUGUUUCAUGUACUACUUGCUGGAUUGUUACAGUGAUUCUAGGGAUCCUUUUCUUGGCAUUACUGGGAACAACACUGAGUUUUGUUAUCAAAGGCUGUCAGUGUCCACGCUGCCCUGAGGAGUGGGUGGCCUACAGAGGGAGCUGCUACUUCUUCUCCAAGGAGAGAAAGGACUGGCACUCCAGCCAGGACUCCUGCCGGGCACAGGGAGCUCAUCUCCUGGUGAUCAGUGGUACCAGCAAUAUG